GGGCGAGCGCGAGGACCGCGCGCCGAGAGGCCCCGCGCGUGCGUGCAGCCUCUCGCUCGCUCGCUCGCGCGCUCGGGCGGGCGGGCUGAGGAGACGAGUCGAGCCCUCGCCGCCACCGUGGGAGAAGCCUGGGCGUCCUCUCUGCGUCGCCCCGAUCCCCGUUAUCCCCGCGCCCCCCACCCCCGGCCGGGCCAUGGCGGAACGCGGAGGGGCGGGCGGUGGUCCUGGAGGCGCCGGGGGCGGCAGCGGCCAGCGGGGCUCUGGGGUCGCCCAGUCCCCGCAACAGCAGCAGCCGCCGCAGCAGCCGCCGCCUCAGCAGCCGACGCCCCCCAAGCUGGCCCAGGCCACCUCGUCGUCCUCGUCCACCUCGGCGGCGGCCGCCUCCUCCUCGUCCUCGUCCACCUCCACCUCCAUGGCCGUCGCGGUGGCCUCCGGGUCCGCGCCUCCCGGCGGCCCGGGGCCAGGCCGCACCCCCGCCCCCGUGCAGAUGAACCUGUACGCCACCUGGGAGGUGGACCGGAGCUCGUCCAGCUGCGUGCCCAGGCUAUUCAGCUUGACCCUGAAGAAACUCGUCAUGCUAAAAGAAAUGGACAAAGAUCUUAACUCGGUGGUCAUUGCUGUGAAGCUACAGGGUUCAAAAAGGAUUCUUCGCUCCAACGAGAUCAUCCUUCCAGCUAGUGGACUUGUGGAAACAGAACUCCAGUUAACCUUCUCCCUUCAGUACCCUCAUUUCCUGAAGCGAGAUGCCAACAAGCUACAGAUCAUGUUGCAAAGGAGAAAGCGUUACAAGAACCGGACCAUCUUGGGGUAUAAGACCCUGGCUGUGGGACUUAUCAACAUGGCAGAGGUGAUGCAGCACCCUAAUGAAGGCGCUCUGGUGCUUGGCCUGCACAGUAACGUGAAGGAUGUCUCUGUGCCUGUGGCUGAAAUAAAGAUCUACUCUCUGUCCAGCCAGCCCAUUGACCAUGAAGGAAUCAAAUCCAAGCUGUCUGAUCGUUCUCCUGAUAUUGACAAUUAUUCUGAGGAAGAGGAGGAGAGUUUCUCAUCAGAACAGGAAGGCAGUGAUGAUCCAUUGCACGGGCAGGACCUGUUUUAUGAAGAUGAGGAUCUACGGAAAGUAAAGAAGACCCGGAGGAAACUAACCUCAACCUCUGCCAUCACAAGGCAACCUAACAUCAAACAGAAGUUUGUGGCCCUCCUGAAGCGGUUUAAAGUUUCAGAUGAGGUAGGCUUCGGGCUGGAACACGUAUCCCGAGAGCAGAUACGAGAGGUGGAAGAGGACUUGGAUGAACUGUAUGAUAGUCUGGAGAUGUACAAUCCCAGCGACAGUGGCCCUGAAAUGGAAGAGACGGAGAGCAUCCUUAGCACUCCAAAGCCCAAGCUCAAGCCCUUCUUUGAGGGGAUGUCGCAGUCCAGCUCACAGACGGAGAUUGGCAGCCUCAACAGCAAGGGUAGCCUCAGCAAAGACACCACCAGCCCUAUGGAAUUGGCUGCUCUAGAAAAAGUCAAAUCUGCUUGGAUUAAAAAUCAAGAUGACAGCUUGACUGAAACAGACACUCUGGAAAUUACUGACCAGGACAUGUUUGGAGAUAUGAGCACAAGUCUGGUUGUGCCAGAGAAGGUCAAAACUCCCAUGAAGUCCAGCAAAACAGAUCUCCAAGGUUCUGCUUCUCCCAGCAAAGUGGAUGGGGUACACACACCCCGGCAGAAGCGGAGCACACCCCUGAAGGAGCGGCAGCUCUCCAAGCCCCUGAGUGAGAGAACCAACAGCUCCGACAGUGAGAGGUCCCCCGACUUGGGCCACAGCACGCAGAUUCCAAGAAAGGUUGUAUAUGACCAACUGAAUCAGAUCCUGGUAUCAGAUGCAGCUCUCCCGGAAAAUGUCAUCCUUGUCAACACUGCAGACUGGCAGGGCCAGUACGUGGCAGAGCUGCUCCAGGACCAACGGAAGCCUGUCGUGUGUACCUGCUCCACCGUGGAGGUCCAGGCCGUGCUGUCUGCCUUGCUCACCCGUAUUCAGCGCUACUGCAACUGCAACUCCUCCAUGCCGAGGCCGGUGAAGGUGGCAGCAGUGGGAGGCCAGAGUUACCUGAGCUCCAUCCUCCGGUUCUUUGUCAAGUCGCUGGCCAGCAAGACCUCCGACUGGCUUGGCUACAUGCGCUUUCUCAUCAUUCCCCUCGGUUCUCACCCUGUGGCCAAAUACUUGGGCUCAGUUGACAGUAGAUACAGCAGUAACUUCCUUGAUUCUGGCUGGAGAGACCUCUUCAGUCGCUCGGAGCCCCCAGUGUCAGAGCAACUGGACGUGGUCGGGCGGGUCAUGCAGUAUGUCAGUGGGGCAGGUGUCACACACCAGCUCCCCGUAGCUGAAGCCAUGCUGACCUGCAGGCAUAAGUUCCCUGAUGAAGACUCCUAUCAGAAGUUUAUCCCCUUCAUUGGCGUGGUGAAGGUGGGUCUGGUUGAAGAUUCUCCCUCUACUGCAGGUGAUGGGGAUGACUCACCUGUGGUCAGCCUUACUGUGCCCUCCACAUCACCGCCUUCCAGCUCAGGCCUGAGCCGAGAUACCACAGCCACUCCUCCUUCGUCCCCAUCCAUGAGCAGUGCCCUCGCCAUUGUGGGCAUUGUAUAACAGUGAUGUUAUACUGAGUGUAGAAGGCAGGUUAGUGGCAAGGACGUUGGAGUUCGAAUUCAGAGACUUCGGUCACUAGCCGGGCAAAUGGAACAGCCCUGAACAAUGGAGGAUACUCUCUUCCCUGUCUCCCAGGUAAAAGAAUUGAAUGAGAGAAAUGACAGAGAGACCUUCUGUAACCUGUAAAGUGCUGUACAGGAGUCUUGCUGGGGGACUGUCCAGCGAGGGGGAAAGAGUGUGGGCAUGGGAGUCCUGCACACCUGGGUUCGAGUCGUGGUUCUGUGUUAGGUCCGCUACAUUAGCUUUUGGUAAAGAACUAACUACUCAACGACACUUUCUAAGGCUCAGUGAGAGAGACCACAUCAAGGUGUGACCAUUGAGAUAGGUGUAGGGAGCACUGCCAUGGAUUUUGUGGGGGCGGUGGCUCAACUCCAACACAACGGAAACAAGUGGGGAUUUCUACCCAGGGAGCAGGUGUGGAUGGAAAAUGACUAAGAAGAAACAUUAGGGGUCGGGAGAUUCUUGCUGAAGACGGGUCAGGGUGUCAGACAUCUUCUGGGGGUGGUGGCGGAUGAGGAACCUGAGCAGGUAUCCCAGGUGAUCAGACAGGGAGGGUGGGGGCUCUUGCCAACUGUCUUAGCAGGGUUCUUGCUAACUGGAUUUUACAAAGAUGUACACAAAUGAGCCUAGGAAAAAGUUUGGGAGCCAGACUAAAGUUUCUAAAGUUUGGUCGAGCAAAGAAUCUGUCAUUUGGACAAGUUACUAAGCUUCAUUUUCAUCUUUGUAAGUAGAGUGAAAUAGCCAUGUCACAGUUUGUGAGGCUUAAAUAAGAACCUGUAUGGUUUGGUACCUGGCACAUGGGAGGUAUUAUUGCCUUCUCUCAUGCAUUCAGUCUGUCUGUCAGCAGAGUGCCCGUUCGAGGCACUGGAGCUGUAGCAGCAAAUAAGAAAGGCUCAUCCUAGUCCCGGAGCUCAGGCUUCUGGGUCCUGGCAAUGCCAGAGCAGCAAAAACUUUCAAACUGUGUAGGUUGCAGUAAGUGCUAUGAAAAAAUAGUAGGGGGAUGGUUCUGAAAGGAGAAGGAAUUUCUUUAGGACCUCGAGUACCCAUAGUUUAGAUCAGGCAGUCAGGGUGGCCUCUCAGAAGGCACCUCUCAUGCCAGGCCUGAGAACAGGAGGAGAUGACAGACGGAGUGUGGAGCAGAAUGCUCCUGCAGGGGGCUUGAGGGAGCAGGCUGGGAGGUGAGAAAAGGGCGGGUGUGAGUCAGGAACAGAAAUGGGCUCCUGCACCUUCUCCCUCCCUGUUUCCCUUUUUCUGCCUUACCUCUUUGUGUUUCUCCUGGGAAUGGUCCUCAGCAGCAGAGAGGGGAGGCACUAGCCCGUGGUUGUCCCAGAAACACCAAUGACAGGGUCAUGGUCCCUGAAGAACAUGAAUGUUCUUAGAUGGCGAGAAGCCUGCAUUGCACCUCGGAUCCCAACCCUCAUCGUCCCUCACCCUCUCCUCCCCUUUUCACUUCCCAUCAUGUGGUCUCUACUGGUUUAUGGAAGGGACGGUGCAGGAAAGGAGGAAGUCCCACACAGCCGGUAAUGCCUCAUGGUUCCAGGCUUCCUGAGGGUCUGGGGACCAGCCCUUAACUUCGACCUCCUUUUCUAUCCCAUUUAAGCUGGUUUUUAAUGGAACCACUGAAAGUAGGCAGAAAGAAAUGUCAGAUGACUUUUGUAGCCUGUGUACCUAUUGUGUCUGACGCCUCCUUUCAAGAAAACAUCAGCCCUUUUUCCCCUCGGAGCUAAAAUUAUCCCUGAGCUAGAAGUGCCAUAAAUAAGAGAAAGCCGCAGGUCAGCAACCAUCAGCUCUCCCUCCUGGGGCUGCUGUGGAGCUGGCCAAGGUGUUUCUGUCUCUGCCCCACUUAAUCUCUCCAGCCCUUGGCUGGGUUUUGCCUGGGCUCUGCUUGUUGGGUGUGUACAUAUGUGCGCGUGUGUAUGUGCAUGUGUAUCUAUAUGUGUGCAUACGUGCUUGCUGGGGGGGUGUAUGUGUGUGCAUAUGAGUGUGUGUAUGUAUGCGUGCAGGCUUUCUUCCUAAAGCUCCUUUCCUCUCUGCUUCCCUUAUCGCCCUGUGACUUUGUAUUUGGCUCCCUCACAGUGUCUCAGGUCUUUAUCUGCUCCUGGCUUUGUCCUCCGAUCAGCCUGUCUCUCCCUUCCCACACGAACCAAUUGCAUGAGACUGGAGGGAACCCAGAGCCGUUUAAUCUGCCGCCUCCUCUCACCCCUCCCAGAGCCUGGCAGUCUCCCCCGGGCCCUCCAACCUGGCCAUGAAGUUGGGAACUGAAGGCAGAGCCUACUCUCCAUUACUGU